AUGAGUCCAUGUCCUUAUGGUUAUAUCAUCGAUGACUUGGGUUGUCAAACAUGUGAAUGUAAUCCAUGCCAAUUAGGACUACCUUUAAAUGAAUAUCCAUGCGAAGAAGGACAAAGCACAUGUUCAAAUUCAAAAGGCAUCUGUACUGUAACCGCUGAAGGUAAUACUUAUUGUUGUCCUACUGAAAAAUCUGGCUCUUGUCCACCAAGUCCUGAUCCAUCGGUAGUUUUAUGUUUGCCAUCCAAUUGUAACAAUGAUGCUGAUUGUCCAGCUAGAGAAAAAUGUUGUGAUCCAUGUUUUCGAUGUCUUAAUGUAACACGUUCCUAA